AUCAGCAGCAGCAGCAGCACCGGCCCCGCCUCGCGACUCGAACCGCUGGCUGGUUCACCUCCCGCACAGCCCACAUCUGGAGCCGCGGCAUGCUCAGUCACACACCGGGACGCAGGACGUGGAUGUUAACCCUAGGGGAACGAUGUCUGAGGUGCGGAAAUUCACCAAGAGGUUGAGCAAACCCGGGACGGCCGCGGAAGUCCGGCAGAGCGUGUCUGAGGCAGUGAGAACCACCGUGGACCUAGUGGAGCAGCCAAAGAUCAUCGAGCCACUGGACUACGAAGCUGUGGUGUUUCAGAGAAAAGCCCAGAUCCACAGCGACCCCCACCGAGACCUGCUGCUCUGCCCUGCUGACGAUGUCUCGGAGUCACAGAUAUCCAGGCAGAGGAGGACUGUUGUUCCCUCGGUUCCCCAGAAUGCCGAGCGAGAGGCCAGGAGUCUGUUUGCCAAAGAGUGCAUCAAGAUGUACAACACUGACUGGCAUGUGAUCAACUUUAAAUAUGAAGCUUACUCUGGGGACUUCCGUAUGUUACCAAGCAAAGGCCUGAAGACGGACAAGCUGCCAGCUCACGUGUUUGAGAUCGAUGAAGACGCCAAAGACGAGGACACCUCAUCACUGUGCUCCCAGAGGGGAGGCAUCAUGAAGCAGGGUUGGUUACAGAAAGCCAACAUCAACAGCAGCCUGUCUGUCUCCAUGAGGGUGUUCAAAAGGAGGUACUUCUACCUGUCCCAGCUUCCUGAUGGUUCCUAUAUCCUCAACUCCUACAAGGAUGAGAAGAACUGCAAAGACACAAAAGGAUCAAUCUACUUGGACUCCUGCAUAGACGUGGUUCAGAGCCCUAAGAUGCGACGUAAUGGCUUUGAGCUGAAGAUGCAAGACCGCUACAGCCACUUUCUGGCUGCAGAUAGUGAAGCAGAGAUGGAGGAUUGGGUGGCCACGCUGAAACAGGCUCUGCAGAGCAGCACUGAGGCUGGACAGGACAGGAGGAAUGGCACAGAAUCUCUGGACGGGUCCCUGGAUGACGACACAACCAGUCAGGGUAAAGGUGAGAGCCUGUUGGAGAGCCUGGGGAGGAGCCUACACCCGGAACUGAUGAAGUAUGCCAGAGAGACAGACCAGCUCAAUAAGAUCAACAGAAAUGAUGGCAGACAAAAGCUGUUCUCGCUGGAUCCCGAGACACAGCGGCUGGACUUCUCAGGCAUCGAGCCCGAUGUGAAGCCAUUCGAGGAACGUUUUGGUCGUCGAAUAGUGGUCAGCUGCCACGAUCUGACCUUCAGUCUGCAGGGCUGCGUUAGCGAGAAGGGUGACGGCGUCCUCACCAACGUGGAACCAUUCUUCAUCAGCCUCGCUCUCUUCGACGUAUCCAAGAGCUGUAAGAUCUCAGCGGACUUCCACGUGGACCUGAACCCGGCCUGUGUGAGAGAGAUGCUCACCGACGCCUCGGGCCAGCUCUCUCCUUCAUCCGACUCAGAGGGCGGAGGGGGAGCGAGGGAGGGAGGAGGAGGAGUCAUGGUGAACGGAGACUCAGUGAAAGGAAACGGUUUGCCUGUUCUUCAGAGAGUGGCCGAGGCUCUGCUGCGCUUCCCUACACAGGGUAUCUUCUCAGUAACUAACCCCCAUGCUGAUAUUUUCCUUGUGGCGCGUGUGGAGAAAGUGUUACAGAACGGCAUCACCCACUGUGCCGAGCCAUACAUCAAGACCUCAGACAUCAGCAAGACUGCUCAGAAGGUGCUCAAAGCUGCCAAACAGACAUGCCAGCGCCUGGGCCAAUACAGGAUGCCAUUUGCCUGGGCUGCCAAGCAGGUGUUCAAAGACGCUCAGGGCAGCCUGGACAUGGAUGGGAAGUUCUCUCCUCUCUACCGUCAGGACAGCAGCAAAAUCUCCACCGAUGACAUCCUCAAGCUGUUGGCCGACAUCAGGAAGCCUGAGAAGAGCAAACUUCAGACCAUCCCUGGACAGUUGAAUGUCACUAUUGAGUGUGUUCCACCUGACUUCUCAAAUACAGUCACGUCCUCUUACAUUCCUGUCAAGCCCUUCGAGGACGCCUGUGAACGGGUUUCGGUGGAAAUCGAAGAGUUUUUGCCAGAGGAGGCCAAGUACAACUACCCCUUCACCACAUACAAGAACCAACUCUACAUCUACCCCCUUCAGCUUAAAUACGACAACCAGAAGACCUUCACUAAGGCUAGAAACAUUGCAGUCUGUAUCCAGUUCCGAGACUCAGAUGAAGAAGGGACAAUCCCUCUGAAGUGCAUCUAUGGCAAACCGGGGGAUUCGCUCUUCACCGGCAGCACCUAUGCAGCCGUCCUGCACCACAAUCAGAGUCCAGAGUUCUACGAUGAGGUAAAAAUUGAACUGCCUGUUCACGUGCAUGAGAAGCACCACAUCCUCUUCACCUUUUAUCAUAUUAGCUGCGAGUCCAGCACCAAGGCCAGCAGCAAGAAAAGGGAGGGAGUGGAGUCACUGGUUGGCUAUUCCUGGAUGCCGUUGCUGAAGGAUGGGAGGAUGCAGUCUGUAGAUGUCCAUCUGCCUGUCGCUGCCACCCUUCCUCCUGGAUACCUCUGUCAGGACACCAGGAAGUCCCAACCAGAUAUCAAAUGGGUGGAAAAUGCAAAAACACUGUUCAAAGUGAGGACUCAUGUAGCAUCAACAAUAUAUGCUCAGGACCUGCAUCUACACAAGUUUUUCCAGCACUGCCAGCUGAUGAGGACAACAUCAGAGGGCAACCCAGCAGAACUUAUCAAAUACCUGAAGUGCCUGCACGCUAUGGAGACACAUAUCAUCGUGAACUUCCUGCCUACUAUACUGAUGCAGCUGUUUGAGGUGCUCACAGCAGCCACCAAAGAAGCCCAUGAUAUUGCUGUUAACUCGCUGCGUGUGAUCAUACAUAUAGUCUCCAGAUGUCACGAGGAGGGGCUGGAACACUACCUGCGCUCUUUUGUUAAGUAUGUGUUCGUUACCAACCAUCCUGCAUCAGGAAACUCAGCGACCACCCAUGAGGUGUUGGCUACUGCAGUCACCGCCAUCCUGAAGCAAACUGCUGAUUUCAACACCAGCAAUAAACUACUCAAAUAUUCAUGGUUCUUCUUUGAAACUAUGGCCAAAUCAAUGGCUCAGUACCUGCAAGAGGGCAACCGGAUAAAGAUGCCGCGGGCCCAGCGUUUCCCUGACAGUUUCCACCAGGCACUCCAGUCUUUGGUGUUGUCCAUCAUGCCCCACAUCACUAUCCGCCACAUGGAGAUCCCAGAGGAGGCUCGUUGUAUCAACAUAAGCCUGGCCAAUUUCAUCAAGCGGUGCUUGACCUUCAUGAACCGGGGUUUUGGCUUUGGUCUGGUCAAUCACUAUAUGUGUCAUUUCAGUCUCAAGGAUCCCAAGGUACUGACGGAAAUGAAGUUUGAUUUCCUGAUGACUGUGUGUAACCAUGAACACUUCAUUCCUCUUAACUUGCCCAUGGCUUUUGGGCGCACCAAGCUGCAGAGGGUACAAGAUUUUAUUCCGUAUGCGACGGAGCUUUUUGGCCCUGUAGAACAAAGCCUGGAGUUCAGUCUGACGGAGGAAUAUUGCCGCAACCAUUUCCUUGUUGGUCUGUUGCUGAGAGAAGUGGCUGAGGCGUUGCAGCAAGGGCCUGAGGUCAGACAGCUGGCCGUGAGCGUUCUCAAAAAUCUUCUUAUAAAGCACGCCUUGGAUGAUCGCUACACAGCAUUCAAGAACCAGCAGGCCAGGAUCUGUUUGCUCUACCUGCCACUGUUUGAGCUGCUCUACCAGAACUUAAAGCAGCUCUCUGCCCAGCCAUAUACCUCCAGCCCUGGACUCGGCCUUAAUGGCUCCAGAGAUGACCUGAUAUCAACCGGUUCCACAGACAGCAGGAGAAUCAGCACUGCAGUCGAUAGAGACCAUGGUUUGCUACAGAACGGCCAUGUGAGGAGAGAGGACUCCAGGGGCUCUCUGUUUUUGGAUCCAGGAACCCCAGACAGCAUUGAGCUGCAGAGACGUGGUUCAACCAUGAGCAGCAGCCCCAUGCCUCCCAUCGGCAGACUGGGACAUUACGAGAUCAAGGGUCUUCUGCUUUCCUUCCUGCAUGUUGUCAAGACCUUGUCAGAGGAUACUUUGAUGGCCUACUGGAACAAAGUCAACCCCCAAGACAUCAUGAACUUCCUAAAUUUGCUAGAGACCUGCCUGGUCCAGUUUCGGUACGCAGGAAAGAGGAACAUUAGCCGGAGUCAUGAAGGGUGUGUGUCAAAGUUGUUCUCGUCGGACAGGAAGUCUCAGACUAUGCCAGCAAUGCGCUGCAACCGAGCCAGUCUAAUGCAGACAAAGAUUCAUCAGUUCAGCACCAUGGAAGCCUCCCUCACUCUAAAUAUAGGGACUGGACCUACAGAAGCAGAAGUCCACCAUCAGGCUCUGCUGGAGGGUAACAUUUCCACUGAAGUCUGCCUGAGUGUACUGGAUGUGCUCGCUCUCUUCACUCAGUGUUUUAAGACCCAGCUGCUGGACAGUGACGGUCACAACCCUCUGAUGAAAAAGGUGUUCGAAGUCUACCUGACGUUCCUUAAAGUCAGCCAGUCAGAAACUGCCAUCAGACACGUGUUCGCUGCCCUCAGGGCUUUCAUUAACAAGUUCCCGUCGGUGCUGUUUAAGGGCCGUGUGACCUUGUGUGAGGCUCUGUGCUGCGAGGUGCUCAAAUGCUGCGUUUCCAAGCUGGGAUCUCUGAGGGCAGAGGCAUCAGCCCUACUCUACCUACUGAUGAGAAACAACUACGAGUACACCAAGAGGAAGACCUUCCUACGCACACACCUGCAGAUCAUCAUUGCGGUCAGCCAGCUCAUCUCUGACGUGGCCCUGACUGGCAGUUCACGCUUCCAGGAGUCUCUGUCCAUCAUCAACAACUUUGCAAAUAGUGAUAAAGCCAUGAAGUCCACAGCUUUCCCAUCAGAAGUAAAAGGACUCACCAAGAGGAUACGCACAGUGCUGAUGGCCACGGCCCAGAUGAGGGAACAUGAGAAAGACCCAGAGAUGCUGCUGGACCUCCAGUACAGUUUGGCCCGUUCCUAUGCCAGCACUCCUGAACUGAGACGGACCUGGCUGGACAGCAUGGCUCGAGCUCACCUCAAGAAUGGAGACCUCUCAGAGGCGGCCAUGUGUUAUGUUCAUGUAGCGGCACUGGUUGCAGAAUACCUCCACAGAAAAAAGUUAUUCCCUAGUGGUCUUGCAGCGUUUAAGAGGAUCACCUUGAAUAUUGAGGAGGAAGCAGCCAUGAAGGAAGACACUGGAAUGCAGGAUGUUUAUUACACAGAGGAGGUCUUGGUUGAACACCUUGAGGUCUGCGUCGAUGCACUUUGGAAAGCAGAACGUUACGAGCUCAUCACACACAUCGCCAAACUAAUCAUUCCCAUCUAUGAAAAACGUCAUGAGUACGAGAAACUCAGCCGUCUGUACGACACUCUACACAGAGCCUACAAUAAGAUAAUGGAGGUGAUCCAGUCAGGUCGCAGGCUGCUUGGGACGUACUUCAGAGUGGCCUUCUAUGGACAGGGUUUCUUUGAGGAGGAGGAUGGCAAAGAAUACAUCUACAAAGAACCCAAACUCACCGGCCUGUCGGAAAUCUCUCAGAGGCUGCUCACACUCUACGGGGAGAAGUUUGGGCCGGAAAAUGUGAAGAUAAUUCAGGACUCAAACAAGGUUAACCCCAAAGAACUGGAUCCAAAGUUCGCCUACGUCCAGGUGACAUUCGUGAAGCCGUACUUCGAGGAGAAAGAGGCGCCGGAGAAGAAGACCGACUUUGAAAAGUGCCAUAACAUCAACCGCUUUGUGUUUGAAACACCGUACACGCUGUCAGGCAAAAAACACGGCGGGGUGGAGGAACAGUGCAAGAGGAGGAUUGUGCUGACAACUGCCAACACUUUCCCUUAUGUGAAGAAGAGGGUAGAAGUGGUCGGUGAGAAACAGGUGGAUCUUAAACCAGUAGAUGUGGCCAUAGAUGAGAUGAAGGCUCGAACAGCUGAGUUGACCAAGCUCUGUUCCAGCCAGGAGGUCGACAUGAUCCAACUGCAGCUAAAACUACAAGGCUGUGUCUCUGUACAGGUGAAUGCAGGUCCAAUGGCCUAUGCCAGAGCAUUCCUGGAUGACAGCAAAUCCAGCCAGUCUGGCAACAAGAAAGUAAAAGAUUUAAAGGACAUUUUCAGGCGUUUCGUCCAGGCUUGCAGCAUGGCUUUGGACAUAAAUGAGCGUCUGAUUAAAGAGGACCAGUUCGAGUACCACGAGGGCCUCAAGUCCAACUUCAAAGAGAUGGUGAAGGAGCUAUCUGAUAUCAUCCAUGAACAGAUCUAUCAGGAGGAUAUGAUGCGCUCGCUGCUUCAGAACUCCCUCCAUGUGUUUCGUGCCAUCAGUGGGACGUCCACUGACCUCGGCUGAUGUCCGAACUGCCACAGGCUCCGUUCUCCAAGCAAUAGUGCAACAAAACCUUUAUGCAUAUCCUCAUAUUUUCCCCCCAUAAGGAUCUGAGCUGGAUGAUAACAGCUGAUGAUGUCCGCACAGCUACGCUUGCCAAACAUCCACUAGAUGUGCUUUGGAGGACUUGGAUGUAAUGUUCAAUCUGCAGCAGUAUUCCUGAAGAAUGUAUCACAGCAGCACCUGCUAAUGUCUGCAUGUCAGGUGUAAGAUAUUUCCCUGAGUCAUGCUAGGUUGCACUGCACUUUUUUCUGCCUUGGUGACAAUUAAGAAGAGAUACUGUAAGAAAUCAUGUUUUCUGUCUAUUCUCUGCAAAGUUGGACUGUUUUCCUUUUAGAUCUAUGCAGAAUAUCACCCACUGAAGAGUAUGAACGGACAUCAUACGCACUUGAGAAUGAAUUGUCGCUACUUGACUACAGUUUUUUUUAUUUUUUUAUUUUUCACCCCCCGUGUGUUGUUUGGCCAGAUAUUUGUAAUGAGAUAGCAGCAGGAGCAAUAUUCUAACUCAACCGGUUCUUGUGUUUUUUUAUAGUCACUCAAACCGAAAGCAUUAGAGGCAGUAGAUUAAGCUGAGGGUCAGGUUUUAUCGGCCAGGCAACAUGCGGUAACAAAUGAGUCAUGUUUAAAGAACAGUGUGAGCUAUGUUCGGGCUUGUUUGGGAAUGUUCAGUGUACAUUAAUCUGACUGUAAAUGUCAAAGAUUAUGUGUAUGAGAGGUAAAGGAUAAUGGAAGGAAGUGAACAUUUGUUUUGGCGCUUUACAACAGUAUUCUGUGUGGGAGGGUUUCUGCACGAAGUAAUUACAGCAGUGACAAUAUUUACUGCAGUAAACAGAGUAGGUGAAGAGUUCCUCUCAUCUGGGUUCCAUCCAGUGCCUUCGUGCUCUGCCUCAAGUCAGAAGAUCCAUCACAUGCUGGUUAUUUACAGUAUUUCACAAGUGCUACACUGAAAUUAGCAGAUAGAUUUAUAAUAUUUAAGCAGAUGUACAUAAUUGGUUGUCAUGCUGUAAAUCUGUAUCCAUGUAUGUUUGUACUUUAUGUAUGUAUGUAUUUAUAUUUGUAACAUUCUGCACUCUUACGUGCAAAUCUGUCUGGGCAGAGAGAUUUUUUUUUUCUUUCAUUUUUAUUGCAUUGUAUACUGAGGCGCAGCUGCUUGUUAAAGUUAAUUUGUAAAGCCCUUUUUUUCAAUAAAACCUAAAAAAAAAAAAAAAAAA